UGAUAAUAUCCACAUGUGGGAGAUGGAGAGGAGCCAGAACACAGAGACACGGAGAGAGAGAGACCCUAACCACAGGAACUCAGGCUGUCUAUGGGCAUCCAUACAGCUACCUCACCAGGACCCCGAAGAGAGUCGCGGACUGGCCAGGGUAGAGACCAGCGAACAAACCAGCAAAACAGAGCUCAGCAUAGAAACCCUGAUCUGACAGAGGAGCUGAACAACCUUCCAACUGACCAGCAAAACAGAGCUCAGCAUAGAAACCCUGAUCUGACAGAGGAGCUGAACAACCUUCAAACUGACCAGCAAAACAGAGCUCAGCAUAGAAACCCUGAUCUGACAGAGGAGCUGAACAACCUUCAAACUGACCAGCAAAACAGAGGAGACAACCGAUGAGUGACCAACGAAUAGACCACCUCAACCCCUGACCUCUGUCUCUACUGGAAUACUUACCUAACCCUAACGCAGAGACAGACCGGGACACAGAGAGAGAGAGAGAGGACGCUUUGGACACCUGAAACAAGAGGAUGUACAGACAGUUUGUUCUGUCAAUCCUGCUUGCAGGCGUCCUGUGCCUGGUGGGCGGCGACACCCGCAAGACCCGCCUCCAAGGCUCCAUCCCCAACCCUUUCAAAGGGAACGGCAACACCUCUGACAAACGCACCCGUAAACAGGAAAUACUUGCCUCCAGCCAGGAAGCGCUGGUCGUCACAGAGAGGAAGUACCUGAAGAGUGACUGGUGCAAGACCCAGCCGCUGCGUCAGACGGUGAGCGAGGAGGGCUGUCUGAGUCGUACCGUCAUCAACAGGUUCUGCUACGGACAGUGUAACUCCUUCUAUAUCCCACGACACGUUAAGACUGAGCAGGAGUCUUUCCGGUCCUGUGCUUUCUGCCGGCCGCAGCGUUUCACCACGCUGACCGUAGAGCUGGACUGUCCCGACCUCCAGCCGCCCUUCCGGCACCGCAAGAUCCAGAGAGUCAAACAGUGUCGCUGUAUAUCGGUCUCCGUCGGUGACCCUGGGAAGCGGUGAUACUCGUCUCUCUCUCUCUCUCUCUUAUCAUCUUGGACAAUCCCUAGAUACUGUCCAGAUUGUCCGCUCACCUCACAGGAGACAGUUUGUACAAGACUCGAGUACAUGGAGGCUCAGGACAUGUAUUUCUACUGAAGGCACACAGAAUGAAUACAUAAAAGCUGAAGGGGCCCCACUUUCUCCAGAGUGAGACAUCUCACUUCCUCUACCGUCUCUGCAGAAAACAGACU